UCUCUCGAUUGGUCGAGGAUAGCUAGCUUGCCUUAGCGUACACGAAGGGGAGGGAUGGCGUAGUUCGAGUUUCAACAGCAUUCAGUCGACUAGUCGAAUUCGAGAGAUCAGUGGAGAUCGGAGGCCUGACGCGUUCGCAAGCUAUUUCGUUCGGCGAACACGUGCUUUACCAGAAAUAAUAGUGCUCCGAGAAAUUUUUCAAUUAUAUUCAGCCUCGCGGUUUGUAAUACAUGUAGCCAACGGAAAGCUACCGGACAAAGAGACAAAUUUAACCCGGCCCUGUGGUUGGCCCCAGGAACGCGUCUCACAACUCUUUAUUUUUCAUUUUUCGAAUUAUUAUUAAAGUCGCCUUCGAGCUGUGCAUUCAAUUGGUGCUUCCAAUGACGCAUUGAACCGACCGUUUUACGAAAAGUUUCAACGUGCUAAAGGUGAAGAUAACACGACGAAACAACGUAACAUCGAAUUACUGUAGAAUUUUUAACUACGCACCUACCUCACGAUGAAUCAUGCUAGAAAUUAUAAUCACAACACGAGCUUGUUUGGAAAUUACGUUCAGGAUAAUCAAGAAACCGAACAAGACUCAAACGUAGACCCAUUAUCCACGAUGACGCAUAGAUACCCGUGGUCGUUUAGCACUUCUGGCUAUUCUAAUUCAAGUUCACCAGGUACUGCAUCCUCUGGAAGCAGUACAAAUUCUCAAUGUUAUGGUCAAUCACCUGAUGAUCUAAGUGUUGACUCUUUGAUUAAUAGUCUACUACAAGUAGUAAACGGCGAUAGUUUUAACGGACCAGUUUCUUGCAAUAUUCAAUUCUCACAGAAUGGAAAUUCUACUAACAGAUGCAGGGAUUGUGUUGACGCAGUUUGCGAUUCUUGUUCUACUAGUCGAUUUUUGAAUCCUACAGACUUGGGCCAUGAAGAUGAUCACAAUCCAACCCAAACUCUAUCUACGGAAACACCAAGCCCUCCCAUAACCAAUGCACCGCAUUUAAGUUCUUCAGGAUUACCACUGUUUUGUGAUAUACAUCGUGAUGCUCAAAGAUUUUAUUGCCAAACUUGUAGUAAACCCCUAUGUGGUGAAUGUGGAAUUCAUCACCACCAUGGUCACAUUACAGUUAACUUAAUGGAAGCUGUUGAAGGUGCUGGACUUCAAGCGAAUCAAGUAUUAAGGGAAGCUAAACUUGGUAUCACUGCUCUCUCAGAAGAAUUAGAUGCUGUACAAAUGGCUGCAGAAAUAUUGGAACAAAAAGCAAGACAAGCAACUACAGAUGUAAUGUUGUGCGUAAGGAGAGUGGCUUCUGCUUUAGAAGUAAGAGAAAAAGAAUUGCUAGGUAAAAUCGAGAAAGCUAGGCUGCUUAAAUUUGCUGCGUUGAAAGCAAGAGAUGAAGGACUCAGAAAUGGCAUAGCCAGACUAUCGCGUGCUGCUGAUAAGCUUAGAGAAGCAAUGGAGUCCAAAACUGUGUCUAGCAAUCCACUGAAUUUGUUACUUACUAAGGAUAUGGCUUCAGCUGAGGUUUUUCAAAUUCGUCAAAGUCGUCAAUCUCUCCCUUCACAAGAGGAAAACUGGAUCUCUUUUAAUGGUUUAGAGGGUUCUAUCCUCAAUGCUAUAGCAAAUCUUGGUGCUGUUGUGGUGAACAAUCCUGGUCCCAUAGGUGAUCGACGUGCUGUUAGGGGUCGUGGAAAUUCCCCUCAGAUAUUCCUCAGGCAAACAGCUUCGAUUCCGUUGAUUUCAAUUCCCCAAGGAAGACCAGUUCCAUCGAAUAAGUUUCCAGUUGUAGUGAGGAUAAAUCGUACCUCUGAUAUGUCGGUGAAACCAAAGAAAAUCAUUGGAAACAACGGUGAUACUGAAGAUAAUCUAUGUCGACCAUGGGGAAUAGCGUGUGAUAGAGAAGGUCAUGUUGUAAUAGCUGAUAGAUCAAACAAUCGUAUACAAGUAUAUCAUCAAGAUGGUACUUUUAUCAGAAAGUUUGGUACUCAUGGUACUGGACCAGGACAAUUCGAUCGCCCUGCUGGUGUUGCGGUCGAUGCACGUCGCCGUAUAGUUGUAGCUGAUAAGGAUAAUCACCGUAUCCAGGUGUUGACAAUGGAAGGCCUAUUUCUUCUAAGUUUUGGCGAAAAAGGAUGUCGUUGUGGACAGUUCAAUUACCCGUGGGACGUUGCGGUGAAUUCAGACUGCCAGAUAGUCGUGUCCGACACGAGAAACCAUCGUGUACAGUUAUUCAGUCCCGAAGGGAUAUUUCUACGAAAAUACGGCUACGAAUCGGCGCCAAACAUGUGGAAGCAUUUCGAUUCGCCGCGUGGAGUUGCUUUUAAUCCCGAAGGGAACGUGGUCACGACGGAUUUCAACAAUCACAGGGUAGUGAUCAUUGAAGCUGAUUUCAUGCACGCCAAGAUCUUAGAGUGCGAGUGUGCGUCUGGUGCAAAACAGUUCCUGAGACCGCAAGGGCUAGUGAUCGAUGACGAAGGUAAUAUUAUCAUAGCCGACUCGAGGAAUCAUCGAAUUCAGAUAUUCGAUUCGACUGGUAUAUUGAAAUGGAGAUUCGGUUGCUACGGAAAGGCUGAAGAUGAAAUGGAUAGACCUUCGGGCAUCGCAUUGUGCCCUGACGGUAGCAUUGCGGUUGUAGAUUUCGGUAAUAAUCGAGUUCUUAUUAUUUAAGAUGUUUAAUUGGAUUUAUUAGAGAGAAAGAGAGGGAGAGAAUGAAAGGGAAAAGAGAAUACGAGGGAAAGAGAAAGAUUUUAUACACGUUAAAAUGUGCGACAGUGAUUGCGGACACGACCGUUACUGUUUUUCUCGAUUUUAGAAAUAAGCGUGUGACGCUUAAGCCCACAGAUAAACAAGCGUUAGAGGCAAUAUUUUCCUACUGAUUGUAUAUAAAUAAUGGAAAUCCGUAUAAGGUUCCUUUUGAAGCUUCGGGUUUUCUCACUUUGAGUGCCAAACAACCAAGUACAAAAAUGAACUUUUUGUUCUGAAGUCAUAUCGUUAUGGAUGUUCCCAUCAGAAGAGAAAUGUUAUUUUCACAUUAUUCAUACGUAGUUAUCCGUUGUCUAUAAAUUCGUGGAAGAAGCAAAAAAAAAGUAACUAAAGAUGUUAGUAUAAUAGUUUAAUAAAAAAGAAAAAUAAUAAAAAUUAGGGGAUGAUUCAUUCCAGUAUUUGGCUAUCUUAUAAGAUAGCAGUUAAUUAUAGGGAAGGAAUGAAGCGAAUCCAUUUCGUCGAAAAAUGUUUUUCAUACUGAGCAAUUAUAUUCUAUAUUACUUUUAAUAUUAAAACGAUGGCCAGGUUUUUUAAACUAUUUUGCCAGACAAUUUUAAAUAUACAAACAGAAGGUAUAAAUAAUAUUAUUGAAUAAAUGAAGUUAUGUCAGUAUGCGGUCAAAAUACUCAUUAAAAUUGGAAGUAUAGUAAUGCAAUACAAGUGGCGGAGAUUUAAUAUAAGAUAAAUAGUUACUAUUUUUAAUAAAAAUAUGUAACUAUCUUAUUAAAGGGGUAUUUGACAAAAUUUUGAAUAAUACAAAGGAUCGAGGAAAAUUUAAUGAAAAAAGAGAAAGUUAUCCCUAUGUGCUGCUUGUGUUAGCUUUGUUUCAUUUUUCAAUUUGAAUUAUUUUGUUUUGAAAUUUCCUAAAAUUGGCGCAGCUAAUUAUUUUAUUUUAUAUGAACCUUUUUUUUUAUAUAAAAUAUAAAAAUAUAAUUUUUCGAAUAUACAACGUUUGAUUAAAAUGAAGUAACAGUAUACAAUACUAUUGUGACCAACGUCAUAAAACUGUUUAACUAUUUGUAUAAGUUAAUGUCUCCUGUUAAAUAUGGAAGGAGACUAAAAUGCAAUUUGGCGUUACACAUACAUACUUAUGUGUGCAUAAUCGUUGUGAUUAAGAGUUUGUUUUUUAUGAGUGUAUGUAAUUGAGAAGGAAUGUGAACGACACAAAAGAUUGUGGAAAUGCAUGGACAAGAAGAAAAGAGAGCUAACAAAAAUAGCGCACGGAGAUAAUGAACUAAGAGGUAUCAGUUGUCUCUAAAUGAUGCAACACAUUUAUCAAUGUAAUGCAAAAUCAAUGUUGUAGUAAUGUUUUUAACAUAUCAUACUUAAAAUUUAUACUUUCAGUUUGCAUUCCAGUACGAGUAUGUAUAAAUGGUCAAAAAUUAUUACUUGUUUUAUGUUUAUGACGAUUAUUAUCAUUACCAUUAUUUUCAUGAUUUUUUACAUUGCCAUUAUGACUAGUAACAUUGUUAUCAUUAUUAAUUUUUCAUCGCCGAUUAUAGAAUCGAACUUCAUCUAAUGGCAUUCGCUAUACAUAAAGUAUUAGUUUUUAUACAGUAUAGAAAAACCCAUUGUGUCAGUCUUUGAAAAGAGAUGCAAGUGCUGUCGCAUUUAAUUUAAUUUGACAUUAACGAACUGAAAUAAUAUAUUAGUUACAUUCGCACAAUAUAAGACUGAACUAAGACUGAUUUAAUGCAGUAACAUGUUUUGUUCCUUGUUUAUCUUUACACAGUAAAUAAGAGAUUAAUGAAGAUUUGUGUUUAAGCAUCUAUUUUAAUAUUAUGUUCCCGAAUACCGUUGAAGAAUUUUUUAAAUGCAUAAUGUAAGAUCAUAAGGAUAAUUUUAUUGGCCUACUUUUAAGUAAUAUGCAGAAUUUUAUUGAUUAACUUAUAUUUAUGUUUUUUUUUUUUUUUUUUUUUUUUAAUAAGAUGUAUGUUA